GUAGCAAUGACAGAAGUAAAAUUAAAAAAAUACCUGUAAUAAUUUAUUAAUAUCAGUGUGAAUCUGUUGCAAUUCUUUGUAUUACUUUGACUGACUUUAAGAAAUGCCUGCAGAAUCUCCUUGUACUUGCAGUAAUCCAAAUGACUGCUUGCCUGAAUACCACGGGCACUACGGUCACCCGGGCCAACCGGGCCACCCGGGCCACGCAGGCCAUCCGGGCCACCCAGGCCACCCAGGACACGCGGGCCAUCACCUAGGAUCGUCACCCAGCGCUGGCACACCGAUCGGUGGACCUGCCGGAGGACAUUUAGCUGGACCACUGAAAGAAUAUGACGAUGAACCUGACGAAACCUUAUCAGAGAGGUUAUGGGGCCUGACUGAAAUGUUCCCGGAGUGUGUUCGAAGCUGCACCUACACGGUCACUACAAACACAGUGUCAGGAGUUAAAUCUCUGUAUGGAUUGUCUCGCUCAGUAAUGUGGGUAAUAGCCAGCUCGUCUGUAAUCUUGUUUGCUCCAGUCAUAUUUGAAGUUGAGCGAGCUCAAAUGGCUGAAAUGGAGAAGUCACAACAGAAACAGGUCUUGCUAGGAACCAACACAGCUAUGUCAGGCCCCAUGCCGAACAUGCCACCAAUGCCCCGAUAAAUCAGUUAUUAGAGUCAAACAAUAUAUUCAAUGUAAACUGUUUGAAAUCUUCACUAUAAUAUAUAAAGGAAAUAUUCAAAUAUCAUCCUGAAUGCUUUAAUGUUAGUGUAUUAGUUAAAAAAAUAGGUACCUUCCUCAAACAUGAUUUGAAGUAUUUUGUAUUGGGCAUAACAACUAGAGAUUAGUUGAAUGUACAUUAGUUACAUAAUUUAUUUACCCAAUUGCAUUUAAUCGAAAUGUUUACAAAAUAAUCAAAUUGUUGUUUAUUAGACUAUUAUAAUUGUAUUAAAAAUAAGUUGCAUUUUCUCUUUCUAUUUAUGGUCUUCUGUUCCUGACGGUUGCAGUCAUAUUAUUAUGUUACUGGUUCUAAUUUGUUGAUUUAUUAAUUGGUUAGUGAGAUGACGUUUCAUAUGUGAAAAAGAUUUUAUAGAUGAUGCUUUGUUAUUAGAAUAAAUGUACUCUUGAAAAUGCAUUUUUCAAUCAUCUGUGUAAACUAUAGAAAAUGUGGCAAAAGUAAUACAGUAUAUAAUAAACUGAAAAUAAAG